AUGGGAGGCGGCGAUGGUGCGGGGUGCGCUCCUGCUGUGGCGGCGGUGGAGGAGUCAGCGGCUGUGCUAACGGGAGCGGCUGAGCGGCUGGCCAUGGCGGAGGUCACAGUAGAUGCGGGCACACCUCUCUUGUUGCAGCAUCAAUACAUCUGCUCGGCCUGCGGCCUACUCUACGAUACCCUAGAGGAGGUCUUCUUGCACCAGCAGCAGCACCAGUGCCCUGCUGAGCCCCCUGCUGCCAGAGGCCCAUUGCCUGAGGAUAGCCACUUCCAGUGCUUGGAAUGCACUGAGCUCCUGCUGUCGCCAGAAGAGCUGCUGGCCCACCAGGAUGCCCACACCCAGGACACCAACCCCCCCAUUGGCCCCCUUCAGGGCCAGGUCCAGUAUCAUUGUGGCAACUGUGAGGAGCUCUUCCUGUCCCCUGACCUCUGGCUGGCCCACUGUGAGGCCUGCCCCACCCCAGAGGAGCCAGAGCCACUGCUCCCCUCACCCGCAGCCACGAUGGACCCCUAUGAGUGCCCCGAGUGUGCACAACUGCUGGACACUCCUGAGGAGUUCUUAGAGCACCAAGGGACCCAUUUUGCCUCCCUUGAGAAGGAAGAGGCUGAUGGAGGAGAGGAUGAGGAAGAGCCUUGUGCAGAGGGGACAAUGGUUGAGGAAGAGAAGGCCCCUCACAUCCACCAGUGCAGUGAUGGCAAGGGCACCCGAGGCUCAGAGGAAGAGCUGCGGCGGCCCAGGCGGGCAGCACAUACCCCAGCCACCACUCUCCAUCGCUGUGCCCAAUGCCAUCGAGGUUUUACCUCUGCCAACCGCCUCCUGGCCCACGGUCGUGCCCAUGUAGGGGGCACUCAUGAGUGCCCAGCCUGCUCUAAGGUCUUUAAGAAAGCAGCCUCCCUGGAGCAGCACCUUCGGCUACACCGAGGAGAGGCCCGCUACUUGUGUGUGGACUGUGGCCGGGGCUUUGGGACAGAGCUCACCCUGGUGGCCCAUCGCCGGGCCCACACAGCCAAUCCUCUGCACCGCUGCCCCUGUGGCAAGACUUUCAGCAACAUGACAAAAUUUCUCUAUCACCGGCGAACCCAUGCAGGCAAGAGUGGAGCACCCCCACCCCCACCCCCUGCACCACCCCCACCCCCGCCACCCCCUGCUGCCUUGUCUUGCCCACACUGUGCCAAGGCCUUUUCCUCUGCGGCCCGGCUGGCCAGACACCGGCGGGCUGUGCAUUCCCCCCCUGAGCGGCGGCACCGUUGUGGGGUCUGCGGGCGAGGCUUUAAGAAGCUGGUCCAUGUGCGCAACCAUUUGCGCACACACACGGGGGAGCGGCCCUUCCAGUGCCAUGCCUGUGGGAAGACCUUCGCCUCACUAGCCAACCUCAGCCGCCACCAGCUGACCCACACAGGGGCUCGUCCCUACCCCUGCCCCGACUGUGGCAAGCGUUUCACCCAGAGUUCCAACCUGCAACAGCAUCGGCUGCUGCACGGCCGGUCUGCAGCCUUCUCCCGGGCCUCACGCCUCCAGGCUCGUCUGGCCACAGUCCGGAACCUGUAUGGGAAAGGGCCGGCCAGCAGUGGGACGCUGAGCCGAGCUGGGCUACGGCACCCCCAAAGAGGCCACACGGGGCGGGAUGAGCCCAGACCCUCACCCAGACCUGCUGCACCUCCCACACCACCAGCCCCAGCCCCACAGCAGACCAUCAUGUGCACAGAGCUAGGUGAGACCAUUGCCAUCAUUGAGACUUCACAGCCACUCGCCCUGGCAGACACCUUGCAGCUCUGCCAGGUGGCACUGGGAGCAGGGGGGCUGCACCUGGGGGGGACAGGUGGAGCUGGGGAGCUGCUACACCUGGAUGCUGCUUUUGUGUGACAGGCUGAGAUGGUGUAGGUCCAGGUUCUUAAUAAAUGAGUUUGCAUCGAUGUCGCUAUGCUCUUGAAGUAGCAAUUUGCCGCCUUCACAUCAUUAGAGGUAGAGAGGAGGCCGUGCCAAAUCCUCCUUUUUUAGGUUGGGAAAGAGAGGCCCCCCGAAGUCCAAUGACUUGUGGGAGUUCCUCCUGUCUCUGCCCCGGGUCUCCAGCAUUUGGGGGAGGUGGGAGGUGGGGAAACAAGGCUGGUCAAGCUGCAGUUUGUUCCU